UCUAUAAUUAUAACGGAAGACGUUCCACAACAAAUAUUAAAAGCUGUAAUUAAGUUUAGUAGUUAGAAAACAAACUUAUAAAAAAAGAAGAAGAAGAAAAACCCGACCAAAACUUCAGUUGACUUUUAGACAGAGGUUUUUCUCACAGUGCGUUGUGGUUAAAUGAGUCAACGUCAACGUCAUCGCAGCAGAACGCACCACAACCUGCGAGACCAUAGACUCCCCCCCAACACUACCCCCUCCAACAACAAGUAUAGCCUUGCCAACACAUUUUUGACAACGGCCACGCGCAGAGAUCGGCAUCAAAAUUAAGCCAAUCGACGACCAAACUUAAAACGCAGCGUUGCGUCCUUUGACGCACGUAACGGGACAUUUCUGUGUGCGCUGCGUUUCAAAAAUCUGAUGGAUGGAAAUGCACAAAAUAUGUUUCACGGCAAUCAUCAAGGAGAUCCCUAUUACCGUUAUGAUGCGGCCGCCGCAGCAGCCGUUGCGGCAGCGGCAAAUCCUCGAGCCAUGGGCCCACCCGGUGGCUACCCGCCGCGUCAUCGAGCGCCGCAUCCGCUACAGCAACAGCCACAAUAUCCAUCGUACCAGCCAACGGCGGAGAAUCUCUACGGGCUGGGGCCCACCGAUCAGCAUGCGGCCAUGGGCGUCGGCAUGGCUGAUCUAAGCGGUUGGGGUGCAGCGCCCUCGGUGCCGGGCCAAGCGGCAGCAUAUCCCGGUGCCGGCCUAGGCGCCUACGGACAUCCGCAGGCAGCGCCGCCGACGCAGCAGCAGCGUCAAAGCAAUGCCAGCGCCUAUCGUCAACAUAUGCCCGCCUAUGGACAGCAGGAGCAACAGAAGCUGGUGCCGUAUGGAGCACAGCAGAAUAUGAUGGGUGCACUGGGUGCCAGUGGCUAUGGCAGCUUGGCACCACAGCAACAGCAGCAGCAGCAACAACAGCAACAGCCACCCACGCCACAGCAACAGCAGCAGCAGCAACAACAGCAGCAGCAGAGCCAGCAGCAGGCUCGACUGCCGCAGCAUUAUCCACAAGCGCCCGGGCAACAUCCGUUAUAUCCAGGUGCGCCGGCUCAAGCAGCACAGCCGGCAGCACCUCAGGCAUAUGCGCACAGUCCGUACGGCAGUCCGAUGCAACAUCAGCCGGGUCGCGGUGCUCCCCAGCAUGUGGGCUACGGUCAUGCAGCAUUGGAUCAGGCGAGCGCCUAUGGGCAACACGUGCCAGGGGCGGCGCCGCCAACGCAUCAUCUAACUGCGCAGCAGCAGCAGGCUGCGCAGUUGGGUGCGCAUCCAAGCUCGCAUAUAGCCAGUGCACAACAGCAACAGUUGCAGACACAGCAGCAGCAGCAGGCGCAGCAGCAGCAGCCGAACCAUGUGAGCCUAAUGCAGCAGCAGCAGCUGCCAGGCGCUGUAUUGCCACCACCGCACAUGGGCAUGCCGCCCAGCUAUGGCAGCCAUCAUCAGCAGCAGCAACAAGCACAGCAGCAGCAGCAACAGGCACAACAACAACAGCAGCAACAACAACAGGCACAGCAGCAACAGCAGAGUGCGCCGCCCUACAUGUCCAGCAGCAAGCAUCAGGCCAGCGCUCAGCUCAACUCCUCGCCACAAUAUCGUGCACCAUUUCCACAGUUAUCGCCGCAAAUGUCGCCGCGACCGCCGACAAUGUCGCCGCAUCCGCAAAUGUCGCCGCGGCCAGGCGUAUCGCCCGCCAAGCCCCCACAAACAGCACAGCAGCAACAGCAGCAGGUGCAACAGCAACAGCAGCAGCAGGUUAAUUCGCCUAGCCAACAUAGCAUUCAAGGCAUGGUUGGCUUGCCCUCGCCCAGGGCGCAGCCACCGACCGCUGCUACAGUCGGCAAUGCCAAGGUCCCAGUUAGCAGUGUGGCAGCUGGUGGUGUUGUGCCACCUGUGGUAAAUACGUUGCAAGCACUCGAACAAAUGGUUAUGCCUUCACAGGCGCAUGGGCUGCCGCCCAUGGAUUAUCCCUCAUCGUAUCGCAGCGCUGCGGUUAUGGGAGGACCACGCAUGCCCGCCUCACCCUCGCCACAGCAUCAUCAGCAAUGGGGCGCGCCGCACAUGGCCGCGAUGCAGCAACAACAGCAGCAACAAGCGCCCCAACAGCCGCCGCCACAGCAGCAGCAGCAGCAGCAAUAUGGACAGAGUAUGGGGCAACAGGUGCCCGUACCGGUGCCUGUUUCCGUGCCCGUGCCCGUCUCUGUGCCCACACAGCAACCACAACAAACAGCGCCCGCAGCACCGCCCGCACAGCCGCCAGCACCAGUGCUGCAACAGCAACAGCAACAACAGCAGCAGCAGCAGCAGCAACAACAACAGCAGCAGCAGCAGCAGCAGCAGCUGAAUGAGCAACUGCAGCAUUCCAUCAAUGAUAUUGUAGGUGGCAAUCAGCAGCAGGCGCAAAUGAGCGCACAAAUGUCCUCCUCGCCGCUGCAUCAGCAGAGUUUGCCCAGCAUGCAUCAUCUAAGCUCUGCAGCGCAUCAUCAGCAGCAACAGCCCUCACUAGAGGCGAGCGCAGCUCAGCAGCCACAGCAGCAGCAACAGUUGCAGACACAGCAGCAGCAGCAGUUGCAGCAUCAAUCACCCAUACAUCAGCAACAGUCGCCACUGCAGCAACAACAUUUGCCCAACUAUGCGCAGCAGCAGAGCACUAAUCAACAACAACAACAGCAGCAACAGCAGCAGCAACAACAACAACAACAGCAGCAGCAGCAUCAGCAGCAACAGCAAUUUGAUGCAUUUGCCAAUAUACUGGGAGACACGCAGCAAGCGCCUGCCGCAGCUACAGCAACAGCUGCUACACAGCAAACGAUGUCGCCAGCGCAUGUUAGCUCGCCCAUACCGCAGCUGCAACAGCAACACCAACAACAGCAGCAGCAGCAGCAGGUUCAACAACAAUCGCAGUUGCAGCAGCAACCAGCCACGCCCACACCAUCAACGCCCUCGCAUCAUUUGAGCAGCAUACUGAACGAAACAGCCAAUUCGAAUGAUUCGUCAACGCUAGCUGUUGCUGCCAACGACAGCAACAACAGCAGCAGCAACAGCAGCACCAACAGCAUUGUCAACAAUCAGCCCACCUCGGUGCACGACAGCAACUCGCAGAGCAGCAUCAACAGCAACAACCAGCAGCCAUUGCUCUCGAAUAUGGAUACAGUCGGCAGCGGUGGCAUGCUUAACAGCAACUCAGACUCGACGCACACCACCCAUCAUCAUGUGAGUGGCGUGGAUGUUGGCCUAUUCGAUAACAAUUCAAUGAGUUCGACAAGUGCUGCCGCUGUUGCGGCUGCCUCAAAUGCAGCCAAUGCUGCUGCAGCGCUGCUCGACAGCAAUUCGCAAUCAUCGAAUGCGGAAUUCGAGAAGAGCGAGCAGCCAGAGCAGCAGCAGCAGCAGCAGCAGCCACAACAACAGCAGCCAACAAUAGCUGCUGACGAUUUGUGCGCUCAGUUGGCACAGGACGAGAAUAGUGUGUCGAAAACGCAGCCGGAAACUCUCAGUGAGACAACGUUGCCGGAGGAGCUGGACAGCGGCAACAACAAGCAACAGCAGCAGACAGAGGAGUUGCUGGCGGAGCAGAGCUUAAGCGAACUGGCUGACGAAACGAAAUCCACUGAGGAAAUUAGCGAAGACAAAAGCCAAACGCAAAUGGACAACGCCACGCUCAAUCAGCAGCAGCAGCAGCAGCAGCAGCAGCAGCCACUUGGACAAACACCUUUAGGUGUAAGUGGAAUGCACUCGCUGACAGGCUACGAGGGACAGCAGCCAGCACAGUCAGCCACAGUACCGCCGCCUCCACCACCCACGCACAUGCAGCCCAUGUUGCCACCAUAUCCAGGUGCAACAGGUGCCAUGUAUCCACCAUAUCCGAUGCUGCAUCAACAGGAAAUCGCCGCAUUGCAACAGCAAAUACAAGAGCUCUAUUGCAUGCCACCUGGACAUGAGCAUCAGCAUCAGGAAAAGCUAAUGCGCUUGCAGGAGCGUCUGCAACUGCUGCAGCAACACGAACUGGCCGAGCAAUGUGCUGGGGGACCACAGUGUUUGCUCUAUCAGACCAUGCCACCGCUGUAUGGCAGCAGUGCGUUGCACAAUCAAAUGGUCGAGAGUCCACAGGUGUCCAGCACAACGGGACGGGGUCGUGGCAAAGGCGCCAACAAACCACGCAAGCCACGUGCCAAAAAGGGCGACAAAGCGGCAGCAGCAGCUGCUGCAUUGCAGCAACAACAGCAACAGGAACUAAUGGACAUUAGCGGCAAUGUGGUUGUGGCUGCAGCCAGUGCGAGCAGCAGCAGCAGCGGCAUCAUUCCCAUACCCACCACUCAAUUGCCUGUCUCCGAGGACUGUGUCACCCAGGGAGCAGGUGAUACAAGCGUCGUGGGUCUACUCGAAUAUAGCGAGAGCAUGGGCGACUUAUCGCAGGAUGUGCACUCGGCCAAUGAACUGGACACCUCCACCGAUGGCAGUGGCAAAAAGAAGAAACCACGCAAGCCACGCGCACCCAAGGAUCCGAAUAAGCCACCACGUGAUCGCACGCCCAAGGUAAAAAAGCUUCGCGAUCCCAAUGAUCCGAACUCUACGGAAUCUCCUGGAGGCGGACGCAAGCGAGCGAAUGUUAGCAAGCGGCGCAAACAGUUCGGAGACGAUGGAGCCGAGCAAACGGGCGAGGGCAGUGAACUGGAGGAUAACAAACCACUUUUGCCCAAGUCCAGUGAAGGCGAGGCAGAGACCAGCGCUGGGGCCGGUGGCGUCGAUGGUGAAUCACCGGAUUACGAUGACAUACCCGUUUCGAAGAUACCAAGAGGCGCAAAUGACGAUGACAAAGAUGCCGAAGCGGGUGAUGAGACAGUGGAUUCGGUGCCCGAUUCAGCCGGAGAUGCGGCCAGCACGCCGAGUCGUCGAGAUCGCAAGCGUUCGACGGCUCGCAGUCGUCGCAAUGCCACCUCCGAAGAAGGAGGCAGUGCACGUCGGAAUCGAGGCUCAUUGAGUGCCAAGGCUCUGAAGAAGCGACGCAAUCGCGGACGCAUUGUGCCCGAAUCGGAUGGUGAGGACGAUACUAUGGAUCGUACGCCGCCGCCAUCGCCUCCACCAGAUUCAGAACUCGAUUCGAAUAAGCGACGCUCGUCGAGAAAUACACAGCGCAAGAAGUAUAUAGACGAUGUAAUGCUACGGUUCUCAGAUGAUGAGAAUUCCCUGCUGGUAGCCUCCCCUGUAAAGAAGGAAAAGAAGUCUUCCUCGGCCAACGCAGCCAACUCGAAUGCUGGCAGCGAUGUGGAAAAAGCAGAACCACAGUCGGGCGCUGAAGGUGAAGCUGGCAGCUCAGCGGGCGAAGAGAAACCCUCCGUGGCAGCAGAUGACACCAACAGCCAACUGGAGGCCAGCUCCAGCACCGCUGCCGCUGAGAAGGCGGAAAGGCAAAGUGCUAACGAUGCGGCUGCCUCAGCCAUGUCCUCGAAACCCAACUAUGUGUACAUCAACACGGGCGACGAGGAUAGUAUGGUAGUGCAGUUUGUCUUAGCUCUGCGGAUGGGUAAGCGGGAGCUAAUACCCGAGCCACCUAAAGUUAAGACGCCAGAGCCUAAGACGGAGGCGGAAAUAGAAGCGGAAGCGGCAGCAGGAGCUGAAGCCGAAAAGGCCGAAGAUAAGGAAACUGCUGAGAAAAGCGAGGACAAAACGGAAACAGAAGAAACCAAGAAAGUGGAUAAGGAGGACAAAGAAGAUGCGGAUAAGCCAGCGGAGGAUGCGAAAGCUGAAAGCGAAAGCAAAAUGGAAGUGGAUGAAAAGCUGGAGACAGUCAAGAAGGAAAAAACCGAUGAAGAUACGCCCGAAAAGGAGGCGGAGAAAAUGGAAACUGACGAAGCUACAGAGCCAGAAAAAGCAGCUGAUGAAGCAAAUCAAAUUGAAAAGGAAGAGAAACCAGAAGAAGAACAAGAAGAAGCAGAGGCCAAGACUGAUGUUGCACAGGAAAAGCCAGCUGAGCCAAAGAAGGAAGAUGUGAAAGAGGAGGUACUAAAAGAAAGCGAAUCCGAAACAGAUAAGGAAAGUGAAAAAGAUCAAGAAAAGGAAAAAGAUUCUGACACCGAAGCAACAGAGAAAAUGGAAGUAGACGACGACACUGAGGCUGAAGUUAAGAAUGAAGAGGGCAAAGUAAAAGCAGAAGACGAAACAGCAACUGAAGCAAAGACAGAAGAAGACAAAGAUAAAGAUAAUGCGGACAAAGAGACAACAAAACAGACUGAAGAUGAUACAGAGGACGGAGACGACAAGUCCAGUGACACAAAGGACGAUAAGCCCGAGCCCGUCUUCAUCGAUGUCGAAGAAUAUUUUGUGAAAUACCGAAAUUUCAGUUAUUUGCACUGCGAAUGGCGCACGGAAGAGGAGCUCCUGAAAGGAGAUCGUCGUGUGGCUGCAAAGAUACGACGCUUCCAGCAGAAGCAAGCUCAGCAGAUCAACAUAUUCGAGAAUAUCGAAGAGGAGCCCUUCAAUCCCGACUUUGUUGAGGUGGAUCGUGUUUUGGAUAUGUCUGUCCAUACGGAUGAGAAUACCGCAGAGACAACGAAGCACUAUUUGGUUAAAUGGAAAUCAUUGCCAUAUGAGGAUUGCACCUGGGAGCUGGAGGAGGAUGUUGAUAACGACAAGAUUGAGCAAUACUUGCGCUUCAACAAAGUACCAUUGAGAUGUGAAUGGAAGAGUCGUAAACGUCCGCAUCCUGAGCAAUGGAAGAAACUGGAAAAGACGCCCAUCUAUAAGAGUGGGAACAGCCUGCGACCCUACCAGCUUGAGGGCUUGAAUUGGUUAAAAUUCUCCUGGUAUAAUUCGCACAAUUGCAUCUUGGCCGAUGAAAUGGGUCUGGGCAAGACCAUACAGAGUCUGACCUUUGUUCACUCGGUCUACGAAUAUGGCAUAAGAGGUCCAUUUUUGGUUAUAGCUCCUCUGUCGACCAUACCCAAUUGGCAGCGCGAAUUCGAGGGCUGGACCGAUAUGAAUGUGGUUGUCUACCACGGCUCGGUGACCAGCAAGCAAAUGAUACAGGACUAUGAGUUCUACUACAAGACCGAUAGUGGCAAGGUGCUUAAGGAGCCGAUUAAGUUCAAUGUCCUCAUCACCACAUUUGAGAUGAUUGUAACUGACUAUAUGGAUUUGAAGGCCUUCAAUUGGAGGCUGUGCGUUAUCGAUGAAGCGCAUCGCCUGAAGAAUCGCAACUGUAAAUUGCUGGAAGGAUUAAGACAGCUUAGUCUCGAGCAUCGUGUCCUGCUCUCUGGCACACCUUUGCAAAACAACAUAAGCGAACUUUUCUCUUUGCUCAACUUCCUGGAGCCGAGUCAAUUCUCGUCGCAGGAAGAGUUCAUGUCAGAAUUUGGCAGCCUACGCACCGAGGAGGAAGUCAAUAAAUUGCAAGUGCUGCUCAAGCCGAUGAUGCUGCGACGUCUGAAAGACGACGUCGAGAAAUCUCUAGCACCGAAAGAGGAGACCAUCAUUGAGGUGGAGCUGACGAACAUACAAAAGAAAUAUUAUCGCGGCAUAUUGGAGCAAAACUUUAGCUUCCUCAAAAAGGGUACGACCUCAGCGAAUAUACCCAAUCUGAUGAAUACAAUGAUGGAGUUGCGUAAAUGUUGCAUACAUCCAUAUUUGCUCAAUGGCGCCGAGGAGCAAAUUCAAUACGACUUCAAAGCACAGCAUGGCGAGGAUCCCGAGUCCUAUUAUAAGAAUCUUAUACUCUCGGCGGGCAAAAUGGUGCUCAUUGAUAAGCUGUUGCCCAAGCUGAAGGCGAAUGGACAUCGUGUUUUGAUCUUCAGUCAGAUGGUACGCUGCCUGGACAUACUCGAGGACUAUUUGGUUUAUCGCAAAUAUCCGUUCGAACGCAUUGAUGGACGCAUUCGUGGUAAUUUACGUCAGGAGGCGAUUGAUCGUUACUCCAAGCCUGGUUCGGAUCGCUUUGUCUUUCUGCUCUGCACCAAAGCUGGAGGAUUGGGCAUCAAUCUAACAGCCGCCGACACAGUGAUCAUCUAUGAUUCCGAUUGGAACCCGCAGAACGAUUUGCAGGCCCAAGCGCGUUGCCAUCGUAUUGGCCAACGCAAAAUGGUUAAGAUAUAUCGUCUGUUGUGUAGGAAUACCUACGAGCGAGAGAUGUUCGAUAAAGCCUCAAUGAAGCUGGGCCUGGACAAAGCUGUACUACAGUCCAUGAACACGCAUGGCUCCAAGGACGGCAACAACAAGCAGUUGUCCAAGAAGGAAAUCGAGGAUCUGCUCAAGAAGGGCGCCUAUGGCGCCGUCAUGGAUGACGACAAUGCGGGCGAUAAGUUCUGUGAGGAGGAUAUCGACUCGAUUUUGAAGCGACGCACACAGGUCAUAACUAUGGAAUCGGAGAAGGGUUCCACCUUCUCGAAGGCUUCGUUUGCCGCCUCUGGCAAUCGCUCAGAUAUUACAAUUGACGAUCCCGACUUUUGGACCAAGUGGGCUAAGCGAGUGGAUAUUGAUCCUGAUGCCUGUGAACGCGAUGAGACUGAGGAUCUGGUGCUUUCCGAGCCCCGAAGACGCACACAGAUCAAACGUUAUGGACACGAGGAUGUCAUGGAAAUCAACUCGGAGGAUUCAUCGAAUGAGAACAGCGAUGAAGAGGGCGGCAUAGGUCUACGCUCGAGACGUCGCAAGGAGAAACGCGAUCGCAACCGUGAAAAGAAGGGACACGACGAAUAUAUACCUAGGGAGCGUGAUGCCUUGGCUGCUUUGGGCCUAGAGGAGAUUCAGUAUGGCAACUGGGCCAAGUCGGAAUGCUUCAAAGUGGAAAAGGGUCUACUCUCAUUUGGUUGGGGUCGUUGGACGGAACUCCUGGAAUUGGGUCAAUUUAAGCGCGGCUGGCGCGAUGUGGACAUCGAAGACUGUGCACGCAUUAUACUGCUGUACUGCCUGCAGGUGUACAAAGGUGAUGAGAAGAUCAAGACGUUCAUUUGGGAUCUGAUUACACCAACUGAGGACGGCGAGGUGCAAAAGAUAAGCAGGGAUCAUAGUGGCCUACACAAUUUGGUGCCACGAGGCCGCAAUGGUGGCAAAUCCAAUAAGGAGAUGGCCUGUGGCAGCUCCACACCUGCGCCAGGUACUGCUUCGGGCAGCAAUAGUGGCAACACGACACCGGCACACAAAUCAAGUGCAUUGGAAACGGAUAAGGAGCAGGUGGGCGGCGGCGGCGGCAUCAGUGCCAGUGCUGUGGCAGCGGCUGCGGCCGUUGUUGUGCCUACACCAGCCCCAGCACCACCCACUAGCAUACACGAUCCGAAUCACUGGAGCAAGAAGGAGAAAUACGAUGCAGAUGCAUACCUGGAGGGCGCCUAUAAGAAGCACUUGGGCAGACACGCGAAUAAGGUAUUGCUGCGCGUGCGCAUGCUCUAUUACAUCCAGCACGAGGUCAUUGGCGAUCUGGUGCAACAGAUUAAGGAUAAUACGCCCAUCAGCGAGCUACCUAUUCGGCCGCCACCAACGCCCGAUCAAGUGCCAUCCUCAUGGUGGAAUCCCAUUUGUUGUGAUAAGAGUCUAUUGGUUGGAACGUAUAAACAUGGCUGUGAAAUGUAUCGUCAAAUGCGAGCCGAUCCCAAUCUAUGCUUUGUUACGCAUGUGGGCGCCGGUGCCGGUGACGAUUUGGCCGUCACGAGUUUGCCAAUAAAUGAGGACGAUGCAAAUUCGAAACACGAUGACGGCGAUGAGGUGGACGAUGACGGCACCACCACAACCAAAGAUUCAGAUUCCACGAAGCUAACGGCUGGCGAUAACAAGGACUCACUAGAUCCAGAGCGUCCCAGUUCGUCGGGUAAGAGCGAUAAGUGCGAUACCAGCGAUAACAAUGGAUCGAUUGUACAAAAAGCAGCCAACGUCGAACUUGGCUCGGCUGUGGGCAAUGGCAGCGCCGUUGAGGCGGAACCAGCGGCACCAAACGAAUUGGCACAAAAAGAAAACGAAAAAGAAACUCAAAAUCAAAAUCAAAAUGAAAAUGAUAAAGAAAAAGAAAUUGAUAAAGAAAUUGAAAAAAGUAAUGAAAAAUCAGAAGGCGAAGCAGAGGCUGUGGCAGUCGCUGACGUUGAAGCAGAUGCUGACGCCGAUUCAACAAGCUCGGCAGCUGCUGCUGUUGACGUUGGCGCUGUGACAGCCACUGUGGCAAGCCCGUUGGACACUGAUCUGGAUGUGGCGAAGAGCGAAGCCCUGGCUAAUGGAGCCGCUGCAGCUACAGCAUCAGCCGCUGGCGAAGCCGUUGAUGCCGCUGACAUUGCAACAGCCGAGUCUGGUUCUCAAUCAUGCACUAACGCCAACACAACCACCACAACCACCACUACCACAACCACAAAUAUCACCACCACCACUAUAACCACCAUUACCAAUCCAUCAACAACGACUACGACUGCGUCUGCCUCUGAGCCAGCGGGUCAAAACUGCGAAAAUGCUAACUCCAACUCAAAUUUAGGCUUGGACGAGGAGGAAAGCGUCGCUGGCAGCUAUCCGCCAUCGACACUGGCUGUGGUCGAGGAUGCCACCAUGUGGCCAUCGAUGCAGGAUCUGAAUACGCGCUUGCGUCGCGUCAUCACCGCCUACCAGCGCAACUACAAGAAGGAGGAACUGAAGCAACAGCAGAAGGCCAAGCUACAGGCUUUGGUCUCAUCGACGCCGCCGCUAUCGGUGCCAACCACCCCCACUCUGCAGUCGAUGCAAAUGCAGAUGCAGGGCGGCGCUGGCGUUGGUGGCAAUGCGGGCGCCAACGUCGGUGUCGGUGUCGGCGUCGGCGGCGGUUCCGUUAGUCAGCUGCAGCAGCAGCUCGACUCGAGCAAUCGCAGCCUGCAGGCUUUGAUGCAGUCGCAAGGUGCCAGCACCUCAGCUGCUGCAGCAGCAGCCGCUGCCGCCGCCGCCGCUGGCUCUGGUUCAUCGCAUGGAAUGGUGGGUCAGCAUCAACAGCAGCAACAACAGCAGCAACAACAGCAGCAACAACAGCAACAACAACAGCAGGUGGGCGGAACACAGGUGCCGGCCAUGCCCACCGCCGCAGAUAUCAGCCUUAUGCUGAGCAUCCUCAACACCACCGAUGUCAGCCAAUUGGCCAAUUUGGAUAUCAGCAAACUGGCCAUGUAUUUGGUUAGUAUGAACAAUAAAAUGGAGCGCCAGGGUAAGAUGGAGCUGGCGGCAAAGGAGCGUGAAUCGCAGCGGCUACAGCUAAUACCCAAGAAAUGGAAUCGUCGCGAGGAAUAUGAAUUUCUACGCGUGCUUACCGGCUAUGGCGUCGAUUUGCAGCUGAACACGCCCAUGGGCGGCAGCAAUAGCAGCAGCAGCAUCAUCAUCAAUAGCAGCAGUGGCGCUAGCCACAUGCCCGACUGGACCAAGUUCAAGCAGAUGGCACAUCUGGAAAGGAAGAGCGAUGAAACGUUGAGUGAUUACUACAAAGUUUUUGUAGCCAUGUGCCGAAGGCAGGCGGGCUUAAAGCUCAGCGAGAACGAGCGUGGUCUUGAAGGCAUUGUCGAAGAGGUGGAGAAGGAGCACGCCAAGCUCAUUCUGGAUCGCCUUGAGCUGCUGGCCAAGCUGCGCGAAGUAGCGCGUAAUCCCCAGCUGGAGGAGCGACUCAAGUUGUGCACCAUGAAUACGGAUACGCCCGAUUGGUGGGAGCCGGGACGACACGAUAAGGAGCUGAUUGCAGCUGUGCUCAAGCAUGGCCUCUACCGCUCCGAGACGUUCAUCUUCAAUGAUCCCAACUUCAGUUUCUGCGAGUCGGAAAAGCGCUUCAUUAGGGAACUGGAGGCCCAGAUACAGCGCACCAUCAAAUUGGAGGCUUUCAAUGCAGAAAAGGCGGCAGCAGCUGAAAAAGCGGCAGCAGCCGAAAAGGCAGCAGCAGCAGCCGCCGCAGCUGCAGCAGCAGUUAAACAUGAGAUCAUCGAUCUGGAUGAUGAGCUGUUGACCAAGGAGAGUGUCAUCAAGAAGGAGUCGCCAGUUAAAGCUGAAGUGAAGCCAGAACAAAGUGCAGACAAGGCUGAGGUCGAGGAGUCAAACGAAGAGAAACCAACAGCAGAUAAGAUGGACGUGGAGAACGUUGAAGAGAAGGCGGCAGACAAGGAAACAUUGCCGGAUGAAGCUAAGCUAAGCAGUGAAGCUGCUGAAGACGCUGAAGAGCUGUCCGCUGCCAAGACAAAUGAAGCUGAAGCUGAAACUCCAGCUGAGGCCGAAGCGACGGAGGCCAAGUCCAAGGAGCAGGCUGAAGAGAAAAUGGAUGUGGAUGCAGAGCCAAUUGCAGAAAAUGGCAAUGAAAAGGAAGCAGAAACAGAAGCCGUUGCCAUGGCCGAAGCAGAGAAGCCAGCUGAAAGCCUCAACGACGAAACUGCGGAAAAGGAAGAGGAGAAGAAGCCAAGUGACAAACAAGCAGAAGACGACUCCAAAAUGGAAACAGAAUCCGUGAAGUCAAUUGUAGCUGAGGAAAAGGAAGCAACUGAGGCGCCAGCUACGGAAAAGGACGAUGAAGCAGCAGCUGCCAAAGUUGAGGGCGAGAAAGGCGACGAAGCAGUCGUCGAAGCUGUCAAGGACACGCCGGAGAAGGAGAAGGAAUCAGCUGCAGCUGAAACUAUUGAAACUGAACCUAAAAAAGUUGAAGCCGAGGCAGAAGUCAGCAAAGCAGAUGAGAUUAAGAUUUCGAGCAGUGUGGAAAAGCCAGCAGCGGAACAGGAGAUACUUGAUCUGGUGGCUGGGCCCAGUGAUCCGGAUGAUGAUGAGGUCAUGAAGGAGAAGGAAAAGGCUGUCGAAGAGGAAUGCAAAAAGCAAGCAGCUGAACUCAAGGCGCGUUUCCCCGAUCUUGAGGUCAUUCAGCCGGCGGCUGUGAAACAGCAAAAGCUGGAGAAACCGAAGCUAGAGAUGUGCAUGAUACGUUGGUUCAAGGACUUCGCUCUAGAGCGACGCAUCGCACACAUCGUGGUCUGCGUGGAGACCAACAAAUGGCCAGUGGAUAAGCACUAUAGCGCCUUUGCCGGCUUGAAGGGCAACACAGAUCUAAAUAUAGCUUUGCAUGAGUCCAUACCGCAUUUGAAUAGCAGCGAGCGACGCUCCACAACGCCCGAUGUGAUAACCAUAACGACGGAUCAGGGUGUUACGAAGCACUUGCAGGCUUCGCAGAUGCAACAGGUGGCCAGCAGUGCAGGUGUCGUCUCUGCCACCAGCAAUGUCCAAGCAUUGCCCAAGGCACAGGUAUCAACGCCAACAACGUUGCCUGGCCUGGAUGCGAACAGCAUUAAUGCAGCUGUGGCAGCUGCUGUAGCAGCUGCAGCCAGUGGCGGCAAUGCCACAUCCUUGUCAGCUUUGCUGCCGGGCAUGUCGCUGAGUGCGGCUACUGCGGGUGCAAGUGCGGCAGCAGCAGCAGCUGUUGGGGCAGCUGGUCUAAAUGUGCCCAGUGCUGGAACCUUAGGCUCGAAUGCGGGCAAGAAGCGCAAACGUCACAUUGCCAUCGACGUGGAAACGGAGCGUGCCAAGCUGCAUGCGCUGCUCAACAGCUCGUCAAUGGCUCCCAAAGAUUGGGAAAGCGAAAUAGCCAAUAUGGAGGCGUUAACUGGCGCUGCAGGUCGUCGUGGUGGUGGCUCAGGCUCUGCUGCCUCUGCCGCCGCUUUGAGUGGCAUGCAACCACCGCCUGCACAUCAGCAUGCCUCACUAUCACGUCAAUCCUCCGGUCAGUUUAAUAAGCCCGCUGUGCCCGCAAUGAAAACGCCGCCACCAUCAAUGGGCGCGCCCAUGGAUUUGUCCUCAAGCCUGCCCAAGAUGAAUAUGACAGAGAUGCUGAAGUCGGCUUCCAGCUCGGGCGCCAUUGAUCUAAGCGAAGUGCAGGACUUCUCGAUGCCCUCCAAGAAAUCGAGUGUGCACGCAGCGCUCAGCUCCGCCUUUCCAUCAAUGGCGGGCAGCAAAAGCAAGCUGGAUGAUACGCUCAACAAGCUAAUGAAGAAGAACAAUUGCACCAUUGAGGAGCCCGUCAUUGGCAAGGAGAAGAAACGCAAGAAGCUGGAUGAAAUUGUCUUGGGCUUGUCGGCUGCCAAGGAGCAAAAGACUUUCCCAGAUCCCUCAUUACCCUCGUCGAAGAAACCACAAAUACCGCCCAGUGUAUCGGUGACGCCGGCCAAUCUUCAAGCGCCCAGCCAGCAACAAUCCAAUCAGAAACCAUUUACCAUCACUGUGACGACAGUGCCCGGAAAGUCCAAGAGCGGCGGCCAAGGCAGCAGCAGCGGCGGUGGAGCCGGCGCCAGCAGCUCCUCGGGCAGCGGCCUCAGCGCCUUGCAAAACAUGGCCAUGGGCGGUCUGUCCAGCAAGGACAGCCUGAAUGCUCUGCUGGCCCAAACAAUGGCAACCGAUCCACAAUCGUUCCUCAAGCAGCAGCAGAAGAUGAUGCAGUUCCUGCCGCCAUCACAGCGCAAGGCCUACGAGAAUAUGCUCGCCGAAAUGGAGCAGGCAAUGAAGCUGAGCUGCAAGUUCAACUCCUCGCACGAUGUCAAGGUCAACAAAUGGCUUUCGGACAUGUCCAGCCCGCUGGGCGAUCAACUGAGCAUUGAUUAUGUUGGAGCAGGAGCUGGCGGCAGCGGAGGAGGAGCUGGCAGCAGCAACAGUCGUCGCGGCAAUCGGGGUCAACAGAGCAGCUCGAGUGCCCAGCAGGCGGCCAAUGCGGCGCAGUUGCAAAAGCAACAGCAGCAGCAGCAACAACAGCAGCAGCAGCAACAGCAGCAACAACAACAGCAGCAACAACAGCAACAGCAGCAGCAACAACAGCAGCAACAGCAACAAUCGAUGGCUGGUCCGCAAGGCCUAACUGGAGAGGAGCCCGUGCCGGUGAUCAACAAGCAAACAGGCAAGCGACUCGGUGGCAAUAAGGCGCCGCAACUGAAGCGCCUGAUGCAGUGGCUCACCGAGAAUCCCAACUAUGAGGUAGAUCCCAAAUGGCUCGAACAGAUGCAGAAUCCGAUGUCAGCGCCUUCGCCCAAGCCCAGCGUUAACACUAUGGACAACAGCAACAGCUACGGCGUUUCCAAGUCGCAUGGUGGACGUCCAUCGUCUAAUUCGAGCAACGCCUCCUCCAGCAGUCACACACAACAGCCGAGCGCUGCUCAAUCGCCGGCUGGCAAUUCGAGUGGUUCCUCGAAGAAGUCGUCGAGGCAGUCACAGUCGGCGGCAGCCUUGGAUCAGGCGGCGUUGCAGUUCGGUUCGCUGGCUGGCCUCAAUCCCAGUUUGCUGGCCAAUCUGCCCGGUUUGGGUGCCUUCGAUCCGAAGAAUCCGCUCGCCGCCUUCGAUCCGAAGAAUCCGCUGCUCUCGAUGCCAUUUGGCGGCAUGCCCGGUAUGAGCAAUAUGCCCGGCUUGGGCAAUCUCAACAAUAUGAAUCUGUUCGCCAGUCUGGCCGGCAUGGGCGGAUUGGGUAAUCUAGCCGGCAUGGAUGCCCAGUCACUGGCUGCGCUCAUGGCUGCUGCGGGACCAACGCUUGGCGGCCUCACAGGCAGCACAAACGCGGGCACCGGCAAGAGCCAGUCGCAGUCCAGUGCUGGGGGCAACUCCUCCAGCGCCUCGUCCUCAUCGGCGGCCAGCAAGAAGAAACAACAACAACAACAGAACGAAGCCGCUCAAUUGGCAGCCGUUGCUGCCGCCGCUGCAGUCAACAGCAGCGGAGCGGGCAGCUCCUCGGGAGGCAAGAAUUCGAACGCCUCUGCAUCGCAACUUGCAGCCGGAUUUCCAUUCCUUUUCCCGAAUCCCUCGUUGCUGUAUCCACCCAUGGGCCUUGGUGGCCUCAAUCCGUAUUCGCUGGGCACCAGUGGACUGGGCUCGGCAUACGAUCAGCUGGCGCAGCAGUAUAAUCUGCUAAAUGGUGUAGCCACCUCGUCAGCAGCUGUCACCGGAUCCACGCAGUCGGGCAAGUCGCAUCAGUCGCAGUCGAGCAAAUCGAGCAAUUCACGUAAUGCCUCCAACUCGGCGGCGAAUUCGGCAGCGAAUCUGAUGAAUGCCAUGGCCAGCAUGAGCGCCAAUACGGUGACAACGCCAUCCAGCUCGAGUUCCAGUCGCAGCCGCCAGAGCAGCAGUCAACGCAACUCUGCUGCCUCAGCCACGCCCAGUGCCGCGGAUAUGGCACAGUUGUCCAGUCUACUAAUGCCUGGUGCCGAUCCUCAUUUGCUCGAAUCGCUCAGUCGCAUGAGCAGCAUGGAUUUGGCACAAGCCACCCGUCUCAUGAGCUCUUUGGGCAUGCCUCCGCUACCCACGCCCAGCAGCUCGAACAGCAACAGCACCAGCAGUUCCAGUGCCGCCAGCAAACGUGCUGCUGCAGCAGCUGCUGCCAACGAAGCAUCCGCCAAGGAGCAACAGAAGUGGUUCGAGAGCAUUGCCCGUGGUGCAUUGCCAACGGAUCUGGCUGCACUACAGGCCUUCUCGCAGGGCAAAAUGCCGAGCACAUCAUCCGUUAGUUCGAACAGCGGUAGCGGCGGCGGCUCCAGCUCGGCCAGCAAAAGCUCCAAGUCGGCAGCAGCUGCCGCUGCAGCAGCCGCAGCUGCAGCUGCUCAAAUGCCUCAAAUCCCAGGCAUGUCCAGUGAAUUCUCACAGGCGCUGCUCGCUGAGAUGGCCGCUCAGGCGAUGGCAGCUGCCGGCGGCUCGCUGCCAUUGAGUGGACCUGGUUCGCUAGCCAGUCUAGCUGGCCUAACAGGCGGCUCAUCCUCUUCAGCUGGCGCUGGAGGUGGCGGCGGCGGAAGCAGCAGCAGCAGUUCGGCUGCCAAGCGACAACGCGAACAGGAUGCAUUCAAACAGCAAAUGGACUUCUAUACCAAGUCCUUGGGACUGGGCUCGGGCAUCUCGCUGAUACCCACCUCUUCGUCGGGCAGCAGUAGCAGCUUGAAUGCUGCCGCCGCCUAUGUAGCCGCUCUGGAUGCAGAGCAUCUGCAGCAGCAGCAACAACAGCAACAGCAGCAACAACACAAAUCGAAACGUGCACGCAGCGAGCUGCAUCCCACGAAGGAUGAGCUGGCAGCUGCUGCUUUAGCUGCUGGUUUGCCUCUCAAUUUGGGCGCCAGCAUCGAGAAAAGUUUGCGCGGUGUCAGCGGCUCCAGCAGCUCCUCAACGCCAGCGCCGCCAACACCCACGCCUGAGCAGGAUAAAGUGACGCUGACGCCGUUGAAUGCGAGCGCCUCGAAUGCAGCCAAUGCGGCAAUUGCAGCGAAUCUGCCAUCACAGACAACGAUCACAAUUGCACCGCCCAUCAGCAGUGGCGCCAGCACCAGCAGCGAACGAUCGGAACGCAGUGAAUCACGCAUUUCGUUGACCAUAACGAAUGCAGCUGAUGCCGCUAAACUGCCGCCUCCCUACGAGGAGGCCGACGAGCUGAUCAUUCAGCCCAUACUUAAGAAACCCGCCGCACCGGGCAGCAGUCAUGGCGGCAGCGUUGAGGAUCUGGAUGCUAGUGGUGCAGCUAAUAAUUCGGUGGCCAAUUUGAGUGGUUCCAGUAGCAGCAGCUCCUCCGUUGCCGCUGCAGCGGCAGCAGCAGCUGCUGCCGAAGAAAAUCGACGCUCUUCCAAUCGUCUAAAGCGUCCGCGUUCCGGCAACGAAUCCGAACAGCCCCCAGAGAAGCGACGCGAGCUGCGUUCCACGCGUCACACACGUCAAUCGGCAGAUGCUGCAACCCUAAAUCUAUCAGCGGGCAGCGAGUCUGAGGACCGGAAUGAAUGAGUAAAGCGAAGCGCCUAGCCAAACGACAGCGCCCCGCAUGUGGGCGUCCGAACCAGACAGGGCAACAGCAACAGCAACAGCAAC